AUGAGAGAGAGAGAGAGAGAGAGAGAGGGAGAGAGAGAGAGAGAGAGAGAGCAGCAAAGCACUGCAGCUAUGGGAAGGCAACACCACCGGAGAAGAGGCAGACAGCAGCUCUCUGACUCGCUCUCGCAAUCACACACAUCCGCGCCAUGCACUCACGCCGCAGUUUCGCCAUCAUACGAGGACAUGGAGCGCCAUCUUCAGCUACGUCAGAGAGAGAGAGCUGAUGUGCCUUACUCUAACAAAGACUUUACCAAGCCUCUUCUCUGCAUCACUCUCCUUGCUCUUCUGCAUCUACCUCAUUCUCUAUCCCUGUGUUGUCCCGGCCAAAAGUCUCUUACAGAAAUCAAAAGCGAUUACAAUCCAGUGGUGCAAACUGAACUCGACAACGCAAAGAAAGAAAGUAUCGCAUCCUUGCCGGAAAACCAAACCUGCGAAGAACUGAAACACAAGCGUAGCUGUAGCUCAGACAACACAGAUGUUGUGAGAACCUUGCACAGUUUAACCUGCACAAUGAGGAAUCAAGGGCUUUCCUACACAAAGCAGCUGGCCACAUCUGUCCUGAACUCAAUAAAUUGCCCUUGUCCUGUGAAACCGACUAAAGAUCCCGACGUGAUGUCCAAGAGGAGGAGGACAGCAACAAGGAGGAGACAUUGCAAAGCUAAGAAAAUCCUGUCUGCCAUGACUGAAUGCUACCAGAUACUGAAUACUAUGUUGGACACCUGAGACCAAACUCCAGUAUACUGUGAAGCAAAAAAAAACUCAACGUCCUGCUAGUUCUUCUGUACUAUGCGGUCGUUCAUUGGAUUACCAAAAAAGGAAGCUUUCCCUUUAUUUAAGCUGUCCUGUCAAGUAGACCCUCAUAUCUCUCUUGCAGUUGUUUUGGGUAUUUAAUGACUACUGACUCCUAAAAUAAGUUUCCAAGCUACACUUAAUCCAGCUAUUAAGCCAACUGGGGGGAAAAAAAAGUUCCAAGGCCGUCCAACACAUUGGGUUCUCACACAUGGUGCUUAGAACCAACCAUGUGCUGCAUGUACCAGUAACUAGCAUGAAUACACAAGAAUGUCUUACGGACUCCAUAAAAGGCGCAUGACGCAUGAAGCUCUUAGAUGGCAGAAAGUGUGUUUAAAAGGGAAACUAGUUCGUAAGAUUAUUUCAAAGGUUCCUGUGUGCAGCUAAAAAUGACUUUUUAAAGCAAUCCGAUUGUAAAGAAUAUGCUCUGACAUUUACUUGCACUUAGCGAUGACUGCUCAAGCAUGACCAGGAAAUAUUAAGGUGCUCAGAUACAGUUUUGCUUUCACUUCGGGUUAGAAUGACUAGUCCUGGCACAUCUUUGUUAUCUUAAGCUCCUCUGGGGUUUCUUUUUGUCUGGGGAGUUGUUUUAGGAUCUGUGUCAAGUCACUGGCACUCUCCUUAAAAUGACACUGUAGAUUAAUCAUUGAGCAUGAUUGAUAUUUUAAAAGCGCAUUUUGCCAUAGAUGGCUGAGUUCAGCACACAGAUCUGACUCUAUUCUGGGAUACGUCUUACAAACUUUCCUGUCAUAUUCACUUGGUGCUUUGAUUAAUGGUUAUCUGUCUAAUUGGAAACAAAACGUUAUCAGUAGUGUACUGUGGCUUGGGAGGUCAAAAUGCUCUGCUGCCUCUCGGAACGUUCUCACACUUCAUACAACACACAAUCAAUCAACUCAUUGUAUAACAAGGCAAGGAUUUCCCUUCAUUUCCCACACCCUGAAUACAGCCUGACCACACACACGUAUCCCCUACGCUUCUUAUCUUUACAGCUGGAGCUGUUGAAGUAUAACAGAACUCACAGAGUUGUAACCAUGAUGAAUAAUACUAAUACAUUUGAGUUGUAUUUUUAAUUUGGCAGGGGAGACAGGGACACUGAUCCAACAAAUACAAUGCUUCUCAAAACACUAUUAAACAUUUCAGUAAAUUUCCUUCACCAUUCUGUUAGUAUUCUGCCUCCCAGAGUUGUAUUACAUCAUUUUUUAAUAUUUUAUUUUUCAAUUUGUGUGCCAGAAAUGCAAAAAAGUAAAAAAACAGAAACAUUUAAGUGCUCAGCCUUUGCCCCUAGUUUCGGCAGUCAGUUUUAGAGCAGCAGCUGUUUUCUCUUCCUGUCAGGGAGUAUGCAUAACAAGCCAUGUAGCUACUCUCUGUCUGUGAAAUGUAUAUUUGUUUUUAAUGCAUGAAGCAACUAAUAUUGUAUAUGACCUGGCAUAUGUAUUCCAAAUAUAUUUAUAUAUAAACCACUAUACACAGUAAAGGCUUACUGUAUGUGUUACUUUGUACUUACAGUAUUACUCUUACUGACCCUACAUUACAACACACUAAUUUUUUCUACUUCCUCUCUCUUCAACAGACACUCUCACAAUUUCAUCACAGCUGUCUUGAUAAAAGUUUAUUGAUGGUGGAUAUACAUCGUAUUAAGUGCACAACUGUAUCCAGGCGAACAAUCUUUGUAAUCAAUAUGGGAGAACACGCAUGUCCGGUCUGUUUUAAACAUUUCCUGUCAUGUGACAUCAAGAUAGUUUGCUUCUGGGAACAACAAUUUAUCAAAGAUUAUCAUACUUAAUCAUAGUUAAGAGUGAUAAAGUUUAUUAACCAUAAAAGUCGUAUCUAUGCUUAUCAUUCCUACGAAUGUAUUGACUCAUAAAUAGUGUCUGUUACGUCAAGCAGAGAGAUCAACCCCUUGCUGGAUGAAUGUGAUAAUAUCUGUGCACUACUGUAUAUUUGAUGUUUGGGGAAAAAUGUCAUCAAUACCAGCAUAUCAUGUAAGGGCAACUAUUUGUAGUACAGACUGAAAGUCUACUGCAAGCCAGGAAACGUAUACUGACUUUAUCGUAUGAAAUUCGUAGAAGCCAAAUAUUUGACAAAAUCUGUGGGCAUAAAGACAUAUGCCUAUAAUCCUCUGAAUGGGGCCACAGAAAACAUAUUUAAUACAUCUUAAUUCACAAAACUUCCGUGCAGUAGAUACCGAAUUACACCCAUUCAGAGCAUUUAAAAUGACUGUAGUGUUACUGCACUAUUUACCCUAAAUACCUUAAUGCACUGAAUACUGACUUAAUAGAAACAUUGCAUUUAGGUUUCAAACAAAUCCAAAUAAAAACACAUUUUAAUUCUGUAGAACAUUAACAAAAACGAUGCAGUCAUUUUUCAUUCAGUAAAAAUGAAAGGGAAUAAGAAAAUAAAUACCUAAUUUCAUUGUAUGAAAUGAGAGGGAAUAAAAGGGUAAAUGCUACAUUUGUUGAGAAACAUCAGGCCUACAACAGUAACAUGACGGGAGAUGGAAACAACCUUUGCCUGUAAAGUGACCUUAAAGGGAGUGCUGACCUUUGACAGUUUGUUCAUUUUUGUACUGGUCCCUGUCAAUACAAGGCGAUAUCUUCCCAAAAUUCCAAAACAUUUCCUUUAAAAAAAAAACAGGAAAAAAAACACAUUGUUUUCUUCAGUAGUCAAUCAUAUUGCACAUCAAUAGGAACAUAUUCUGUUUGUGAGGAAGCAGAGGCAGAUGGGACUAAGUAAUGCAGUUCAGACCACGGUUGACUGGGGCUCAAGAUACAGGGGCAAUCACACCCACCUCUAACGACUCACCCAACACUAUUAAUUAACCUCCUUUUUUCGCAUUUUACAAUCCACCUCCUUGCUUUUAUCUACUCUUACUUCUCUGUCCUCUAUUCUCUUCUUAGGAUGCACCAAUAGC